AAUUUCGUCACUCUCUCUAUUAAUUUAGUUUAUCCCUCCCAUCCCCAUCCUCUUCAGCUCCCGCACUUCAUCUCCUUUCUAUCUCUCCUAUCCAUUCUAGGAUUUAUACUUCCGCCUCGUGUGAUCUGAAUUCUGGAUUUGUUUCGGGGAUCAAACCCACAUUGAUUUGUUUGCUGGCUGUAGCUUUUCCUUGUGUUUCAGCCGGGUUCUUCUUUAUCGUCAUCAAGGACUUGCUUUCCCCCACCUUCUUUUCUCAUGAUACUGAAUUUCAUGUGUUUCUUCUAGCUGGAGUUGGUUGGUUUUCAAUUUAUAUAAGUCCGGCUGGCAACUCGCAAUUUCUUAAAGUGAUCAAAUGUUUGCAAACAUGCGUGCGCAUAGGAUUUUGCAAAGGGGACUGUUCUUUAAUCGCCUCCAGCUUUUGACGAUGCCAAGCUUGGAGGAUUCUCCUCGCUUAAUGACUGGGGUCUCAAGUGCUGGAGUCGACAAAAUCUGGAAUCAUAGCGCUUGUGCUAACGUUAUUGGAGCUAAUGGAUUAGAUGCUGUCUGUUUUUGGAAAAGUGGCAAGGGAGUUCGUCAUUUUACGUCUGAUGGCAGCGAUCGAUUUACUGCAAAGGAGUUCUCUAGUAAGUUACUUAAAAGUAUUCCAGAUUAUGUGAAGAUAGUGGAGGUUGGUCCAAGGGAUGGAUUACAGAAUGAGAAGAAUAUAGUUCCUACUGUCGUGAAAGUUGAAUUGAUAAAACUGCUAGUUUCUUCUGGGUUGCCUGUUGUCGAGGCCACAAGUUUUGUGUCACCAAAAUGGGUACCCCAGCUUGCAGACGCAAAGGAUGUAAUGGCAGCAAUUCAGAAUGUUGAUGGUGCUGGAUUUCCUGUCUUAACUCCAAAUCUUAAAGGUUUUGAGGCGGCUGUUGCUGCUGGUGCAAAGGAAGUGGCUGUUUUUCCUGCAGCUUCAGAAUCAUUCUCUAAGGCAAAUCUAAACUGUAGCAUUGAAGAUAAUCUUGCUCGAUGCCGUGAUAUUGCUUCAGCUGCUAGCAAGCUCUCAAUCCCUGUUCGUGGAUAUAUAUCUUGUGUUGUGGGGUGUCCUCUGGAAGGAUUUGUUGCUCCAGCUAAAGUAGCAUACGUGGCAAAAGCACUGUAUGAUAUGGGUUGCUCAGAGAUCUCACUAGGCGAUACCAUUGGUGUUGGCACGCCUGGUACUGUCAUUCCAAUGCUUGAAGCUGUUCUUGAUGUUGUCCCUGUUGACAAACUUGCUGUUCAUUUUCAUGAUACUUAUGGUCAGGCACUUUCAAAUACUCUUGUCUCACUUCAGAUGGGGAUCAGCGCAGUGGAUUCAUCGGUGUCUGGUCUUGGGGGUUGCCCAUAUGCGAAGGGUGCAACCGGGAAUGUGGCGACAGAGGAUGUUGUUUACUUGUUGAAUGGACUGGGAGUGAAAACCAAUGUUGACCUUCGAAAGCUUAUGGUGGCCGGGGAGUAUAUCUGCAAGCAUUUAGGCCGUGCUUCUGGUUCUAAAGCCGCAACUGCCUUGACUAAACUUACAGCUAAUGCCUCCAAACUGUGAGUACUGUCGCUACCAUGAUGGACAUGUUCACCCACAUCGCAACUUGUAUCCAUUUGUUGUCAUGAUCCAUUCGUACAGAGUAUGUGCCGUCGGCUUAGCUAACCCAUAAUCAUGAAACGGGGGAUGCCUGCUCCGCUAUGAGUAUCAACAGCACACAGUUAUACAGAAUUUAAUUUAAUUUAAUUUUUACUAACAGCAUACUGCUAUAUAGGAAGGUAUCAGUAUCUCGACCCUUGAUACAGUUUUACCGAGUAUGCGUAUCAAUUAUCCCCUGCGCA